GUGGAGAGGGAAGGUGUGUUUAGUUGGAGUGGGGUUUCGGGAGCGCUGUAUCGUUUCACUCUCGCUGGCGCGUUGCCUCGCCUUUUGUUUGAUCAAACUCGUGUAUUUACCCGUUCCCCCAUUUUACGCGGAUACACGUUUGAAGGAAAAAAACGUUUAUGGUCCUGGCUGAAGACUUCACGAUGUCUCGCACCGACGAGGUUCACCGUUUGACGGAAAAUGUCUACAAGACCAUCAUGGAGCAGUUCAACCCCUGCUUACGGAACUUUGUUGCCAUGGGGAAGAACUAUGAGAAGGCCCUUGCCAGUGUGACAUUUGCUGCCAAAGGCUACUUUGAUGCUCUGGUCAGAAUGGGGGAACUGGCCAGUGAGAGUCAAGGAUCCAAAGAUUUGGGGGAUGUGCUGUUCCAGAUGGCUGAAGUCCACAGACAGAUCCAAGUGCAGCUAGAGGAGAUGUUGAAAUCAUUCCACAACGAGCUGCUUUCUGAGCUGGAGAAGAAGGUGGACCUGGAUAGUCGUUAUCUGACUGCUGCCCUGAAGAAAUACCAGAUGGAACACAAGAACAAAGGGGAGAGUCUGGAGAAGUGCCAGGCUGAACUGAAGAAGCUGCGCAGGAAGAGCCAGGGCAGCAAGAACCCCUCGAAGUACGGAGAGAAGGAAAUGCAGUUUGUGGAGACCAUCAGCAGUAAGCAGACUGAGCUGGACACCUUCAUCGCUGAGGGGUACAAGACAGCCUUGUCUGAGGAGCGCCGCAGGUACUGCUUCCUAGUGGACCGCCAGUGUGCCGUGGCCAAGAACAGCAGCGCCUACCAUGGCAAGGGUAAAGACCUUCUGACUCAGAAGAUCCCAGUGUGGCAACAAGCUUGCUCAGACCCCAACAAGCUGCCAGAGAGGGCCAUGCUCCUGGCCCAGCAGAUGGGCUCUGCCUCCCUCGGGGGCGCAAGCCCCCUGCAUACCUCUAAAUCCAACUUAGUCAUCUCGGACCCUAUCCCCGGGGCCCAGCCUCUUCCUGUGCCACCAGAGCUGGCUGUUUUCAUGGGCAGUGGCAUGGGACACCCAGCGAGGCUGAUGGGCCCCGAUGGUAUGUCCAUGGUAAAUGGAACAACAGGAGUCCAUGGGGAGGAAUAUUGGACGGAUGGAGGCACUAUAUCAGUGUCCCAAGUUAGGCCUUCAUCCCCUCAGACCCAGGCGCAGGGCCAGUCCCAGGCUCAGCCCCAGAGACAGGUCAGCGAUGUCUACUCCAACACCCUCCCUGUCCGCAGGCCUGCCCCCGCCAAGAAUAAGAACCCCGUGGGAGAGACACGCACCCUGCCCAGGUCCAGCUCCAUGGCAGCAGGCCUGGAAAAGAAUGGGCGUGCCCGUGUCCAAGCCAUCUUCUCCCACGCUGCGGGUGACAACAGCACCCUGCUCAGUUUCUCUGAGGGAGAUAUAAUCACCCUACUAGUGCCUGAGGCCCGUGAUGGCUGGCACUAUGGGGAGAAUGAGAAGAACAAGAUGCGUGGCUGGUUCCCAUUCUCCUACACACGUGUGGUGCCGGAAAGCGAUAAUGAGAAGCUCAAAGUGAACCUGCACCAUGGGAAAAGUAGCAGCACAGGCAACUUGUUGGAGAGUGAUGCAUCACUGCCCACACCUGACUAUGGGCUGACUGCCCGACUGCUGGCACAGAGCCUAGCACAGACCCGCCCACGCCCCUACAGCAUGGCAGGCUUUGGCACACAGCCUGCUAUUGAGGAUUAUGACGGACGCUUUGCCACAAGUUUGGGUCCAGAAUUGUCCCGGUUCUGAGGGAACAGGACCUCCUGACCGUUCCCUGGAGGUCUACCUCCGGCCCACCUUCACCGAUGACCGAUCUGCGCCUAUCUUCUACUAGCGGCCUGCUGCCCCCUUUUGUCCACUUUUUAAAGGGGAGAGAGAAAAAUGGCCGAAAGUGGCAUGUUUGAGUUGUAUAUUAUCACAAGAGGUCCCACAAUGCUAAGAAUUUAGUUUCUUUGCCAUGAAAAUUCACUCUGAGAAUUUUCGGUUAAUCCUUGGGAUGUUUUUGCAAGCGCUUUCACAGAUGUUGAAUGUCUCAGCCUGAACAUUCAAUUGCAAUUGUGAGAGUAGAUUUUAUUAGUUAUUUAGAUCACACCAGUUGUGGAUAAGGUAUGGCUAAUAGGUUUUUACAAGUAAUGCAGUGGAAUUAUUAUUUAUCUGCACUUCUACUAUGGGAUUUCUUUUGUUCUUCAACACUAUACACUGUAAAUUUCAUUUGAGGAUUAUUUGCAUUAACGAGCUGUUUAGGUGAGGCUUGGGGGUGAAUAAGACUAUCCACAGCAGUUGUCAGUGCAUCACUUUAACAUGCACCGACGUGUUGAUUGGGUACUGCCACAAAUAGCUAGUCUAACUGGUCAGCUGGGGAAAGUAGGAUUCUGCUUUUGUUAAGUGAUAUAGUACUAUAGAUUUACUAGUUGUGAUACAGUAUACCCAUAUUUUCAAUGUGGGGACUGUGCCUUCUAUUUAUUUUUUUUUAAAACAUAUGCUUCAUGCAGCAUUGACCCAAUCAUUCUGUAAACUGGUUUGAGGGCAUAUGCAUCACAGUUCAACUUGUAUUUUUAUAUUCCUGAAAAUAUAGGUAGGAUUGUUUCCCUUUUGUUUUGUUUGCUUGUAAUGUCAGGACUUUGUUUUUGCUUAGCGAUCUCCAGUACAGUGCACUUCCACCAACAUAAUACAAGAAUAUUUUCACUAUUUUUUCCUUUUCUUUAAAUUUCAGUAAUAUCUAAGCUGCCAGAUAUGAAGCCAAUAAAUGAAAUACAGUGCAUAUAUAUAUAUUGGGGCUUUUAAAAAGUAUAUAUAUAUUUAGCUUUGAGGGAGUGGUAGCUUAUCAAAUAAGGUACAGUAUUAACAUUAGCUUUUCAUCGUUUAUUCUCAGUAUUAUACACUCAUCUGGGAGAAAAGCUUAGAGCAGAGGCAAUUAUCUACAGUUUGAUGUGUGGGAAUAGAAGUGGAACCGUAUGUGAUGAAAAAGAAAUGGUGUGUGGUUGUGUGAAUGAGCUAAAAUGCCUCUUAGUUGCAAUAAAUCAAGUUACAUUGUGAAAAGUCCAUUUUCCAUGGAUGAGAGUUAAAUCAUGAAAAGUCAGUUUUCCAUGAGUGAGUCCUUUACACUGAGUGAUAUGAUCAGGCUUUUAUUACACAGCUCAUUGGCAGCAAGUUUCAAAUGCAUUUUUUUACUUUUAUAUAGCUUUCAUUGUCUAUUUCUCACCUUUGUCCCGGUUUGUAUUAUAUCUGUACUGUACAGAAAGUGCAUAUAAAUUAUCUUGUCCAAAAUAAAUCUAAAUGGGCAGAAACUUCAUACUUUUA